AUGACUACUAUAGGAGAACUGAUCAAGAUCACUGACAACUCUGCUGUUGUUAUCCCGGAGACAAAUUUGACUUUGACUUACAGACAAUUAUCGUCGUACAUCGGGAACUUCCAGACGUUGUUCAAUUCCAAUGAAUCACCAUUGUUCAAUUCCAAGAAACAGUUGACUAUUGCUACCGCAUUACCUAACGGGUUAGAGUUCCUUGUUGCCUUCUUGGGAACCACCAUCUCGGGUAACGUAAUUGCUCCAUUGAACUCCAACUACAAGCAAAGUGAGUUUGAAUUCUACCUCGAUGACUUGAAAGCUGACGCUAUCAUCGUCCCUCAGGGCAUUAAAUUGAACAGUGAGGUUAUCAAAGCUGUUUCCAAGUUCCCAGAGAUCCUCAUUGUUGAAAUCUUCGAAUCGCCAGAAAGAUCCACUGUCGAUUUCGCUGUCUACUACCACGAAAAGAUUAAGUUCACCUCUAAGGUCAAGACAGCCUUCCAGAACUCAACCAAGCAGUACCACAACGCCAGAGCUACAGAUAACCAGGUGGCUAUGAUUUUGCACACUUCAGGUACCACUUCAAGACCUAAGCAAGUGCCAUUGACGCACUUGAACUUGACUACUUCUUUCAAGAAUAUCGCCAACACUUAUGAUCUUUCUCCAAAGGAUAGGUCUUACGUCGUGAUGCCUCUAUUCCAUGUUCAUGGGCUCAUUGGAUCUUUGUUAUCCACUUUGUAUAGUCAAGGUACUGUAAUUAUUCCAGAGAAGUUCUCAGCUAAGAAGUUCUGGGAUGAUUUUGUUACUCACAAGGCAAACUGGUAUUCUGCAGUCCCCACCAUUCACCAAAUCUUGUUAAAUGUUCCUAAACCAUCCAAGAUACCAGAUAUCAGAUUCAUCAGAUCAUGUUCUUCUGCCUUGGCACCAGCUACCUUUGAAAAAUUAGAAAAGCACUUCGAAGCGCCAAUUGUCGAAGCUUAUGCAAUGACUGAAGCAGCUCAUCAAAUGACAUCUAAUAAUAUUCCCAGCAAGGGACAAAGAAAGCCAGGAACUGUUGGACAACCUCAAGGAGUUGAAGUCGUAGUGCUCGACGACGCUGGAAAGAUUUUACCACAGGGCCAGAUUGGAGAAGUCUCUAUCAAAGGUUUAAACGUCACAAAGGGCUACAUAAACAACCCAACUGCCAACAAGGAAAAUUUCACUGCUGAAGGUUACUUCAGAACUGGAGAUCAAGGUAAAUUCGACAAGGACGGUUUCUUGAGUCUUACUGGUAGAUUAAAGGAGUUGAUUAACAGAGGAGGGGAGAAGAUCAGUCCUGUGGAAUUAGAUGGAAUUUUGUUACACCACCCUUCUAUCAACGAAGUUGUCUUCUUCGGUGCUUCGGACGAAAAAUACGGACAGGCUGUUCAAGUUGCCAUCGUUUUAAAAGAUGGAGCCAAAUUGACAGAGGAAGACGUGAAAGAAUACUUAAAAGACAAGGUAGCAGCAUUUAAGAUACCAACUAAGGUCUUUAUUGUUGAUGUCUUACCAAAGACUGCUACCGGUAAGAUUCAACGUAGAAAGAUAGCCGAAUUCUUUGCACCAAAGGCCAAGUUAUAA